AUGGCAGCGGCCUUGCUUCUGGUGCUGGUGUUAACGGCCGCAGAAGCCAAACCCAAAGCGAAGGAGCUGGCUCCAGAUCCGUUGCCGUCUGCACAGGUAGAGGUCCUCAUCAACGGCAGCCGACCGGAGGACGUGUUGUCGCCCAAAAGCGACUUUGGCCCCAUCGUGCAGAACGCAAGCAAGCUUGGCGAAUUCGGGUACGCGAAGCACCCGAAACAUGUGUUGGACUGGAGCGACUUGCGGGGUGUGAUCAAAGGAAGGAAGUGCUCCACGGAACAGGCUGAUACACAAUGCGGAGAUCUCGUGUGCCGGAAGGGUUUGUGUGCACAUUGCACAGAAGACUCUGAAUGCCCAUCGCUUCACCAGUGUGCGCUCAGCAUGAGUGGCGGUAAAACUUGCCGCGCUACUGGUCGAAAGGCUUGGGAAUCCGCCUGGCUUGACAGCAGCGAGAAGUUCUGCACUCUUCUGAUCCUGGUGUCUUCUGCUUUGGCUGCGGCAUCCGGAACCGGCGGUGGAAGCAUCUUCGUUCCGGUCUUGAUCUCUUUCUCUUAUCUACAGGAAUCCGCCGUAGUUGCUUUGUCUCAGUUUAUGAUUCUUGUGGGCUCCAUCGUGAACCUGUCCGUCUUCCUGGCCAGAAGGCACCCUGAUUUCCCAGAGCUGCCAGUCAUCGACUAUGACUGCAUUGUUGUCCUCAUUCCUAUGCUCUGCCUUGGUGUCACACUUGGUGUUUUGGUAAAUCGCACGUCACCCUCAUGGCUCCUGCUUACGCUGCUUUGCUCCACUCUUUGCCUGGCUUUGUGGCGCACUGGCUCUAAAGGCCUCAAGCAGCUCAAGCAGGAGAGAGAGCUUUUGGCUCACCGGCCAGCUGCCGAAGAUGAUGUCCCACAGCAGGGCCCGGAGGUGGUCAUGAGCUACGGAGAGGUGAUGAAGGAGCUGGUGCAAGCCAAGUCGGAGCAGAUUGCUGGCAUCGCGAUUGUGUGGUUGGUGAUGCUCGGCGCCAGUUUGCACGGCCUCCCGUACUGCUCGAUCAACUACGGGCUCUUCCUAUGUGUUCUAGCUGCUUUGCUCACUACCUUUGCGCUUGUGAUGACAUGGCGAUUCCAAGCCACAUCUUACUUGAACCCCAUUGACUGGCUCAAUGGCGGAGGGAAGGACCGCCAUCCCAUGACCUUUCCCAUGGUGGCUUUUGGCCU